UCUUGUUUUCCGUGUAGCGUGAAGAGGGAAACGUUUUAAAACAGUGUGUCAAAAAGCUCUGACCGCUGAAGGUGAUAUAGCCUCUGUUCACCGCUCACGGCGUCGGACUCUAGGGAUGCUACCGAACAACCUUAACACUGGGCCGAGAGUGGCGAGAUACUUGAUUUUCCUCUCGUUUUUUCACUACAACCUUGUUACUGGCAGCUCCAAGAAAGACUUGCAGAGCGAUGAUGCUAUGAAUGUCGCCUCCAACAGCCAACUAGAUCUCCGGCAGAUAGUGUUUGUCAUCCAGAGCCAGAGUAACUCCUUCCAUGUCCAGCGGGCCGAGCGGCUCAGAGCCAGUCUGCUGCAGCAGGCAACGGACCUCACAGAGAAUCCACCUGUGGUCCUGUUCCUUCACAGUCUGUCAGAUAAUGAGGGUGACUGGAGCAUUCUGCCAAUGCUGCCUCACUUUUCCAAAACCUUUGGUAAAAACUCUUCCUGGCUGGUGUUCCUGGAGGAGGACACCGACGUGAAGGUGGGAGAGCUCCUGGGAGUGCUGGCAAAGUUUGACGGCACCAAAGAGUGGUUCCUGGGGAAGCCCCUCCACGACGAGGAGUCCACCAUCAUCCAUCACUAUGCCUUCGCCGAGAACCCCCCGCAGUUUAAAUACCCCGACUUCAGCGCCGGCUGGGCUCUGAGCGUGCCACUCGUUCAGAGACUCGCAGAAAGGAUCCGAGAUGAGCCGUUGAAGUCUGACUUCACCAUCGACUUGAAGCACGAGGUGGCCUUGUACAUCUGGAACCAGGGCCAGGGUCUCCGGCUCACCGCCGUGCCCGAGCUGUGCACCGAGCUGCAGGACUCCCCCCGGGCGCCCCACUGCGCCACCACGCUCAGCGCCCCCGCCCCGGCAUGUGGAGAGGCCGUGGGUAAGGAUGACGUAUUCGUGGCCGUCAAAACCUGUCAGAAGUUUCACACUGAGAGAGUCCCGGUGGUGAAGGAGACCUGGGAGCAGGAGGCGUCCCUGCUGGAGUACUACAGCGACUACGCAGACCCCUCCAUACCCACCAUCAACCUCGGGGUGCCCAACACCGAGCGAGGCCACUGUGGGAAAACCUUCGCCAUCCUCAAACAGUUUGCGAGCGGCGCCGUCCCCGAGACCAAGUGGCUGAUCAUUGUUGACGACGACACCCUCAUCAGCCUCCCCCGACUGCGGGCGCUGCUGGGCUGCUACGACGCGUCGGAGCCGGUGUGUCUGGGCGAGCGCUACGGCUACGGCCUCAGCCAGGGCGGCUACAGCUACAUCACCGGUGGAGGGGGCAUGGUGUUCAGCAGGGAGGCGGUGCUCCAGCUGCUGCAGAGCGGCUGUAAGUGCUACAGCGACGACGCCCCGGACGACAUGGUGCUGGGCAUGUGCUUCAACGCCCUGGGACUGGCCGUCACACACAGCCCCCUCUUCCACCAGGCCCGGCCGGAGGACUACGCGCGGGACUACCUGUCCCACCAGGUGCCCAUCUCCUUCCAUAAACACUGGAACAUCGACCCGGUGGCAGUGUUCAACAGCUGGCUGAGGGAGGGGGCCCCGACCACAGCCCCCCAUCAGCCGGACAAGACCCCCAAGACGGAACUGUAGAACCUGGAGCCUCCCUCUCUCAUGUUCUGUCUCUGUCUCUGUCUCUCUGUCUCUGUCUCUGUCUCUCUCUGUCUCUGUCUCUGUCUCUCUCUGUCUCUCUCUGUCUCUGU